AGGUCUAGAUCUAGACUAAUCUGGAUCUUGGGAAGUUUUACCGAAUAAUCUCGAGUCCAGAUUAUUCUCAUAAAUGAUAUUGGAUAUUUAUUAUUAUUAUUUAAUAUUAUUAUUAUAACUUAAGAAUCUAUUGGACUAUUGUUUUUGUUUAAGCUAGUAAUCCUUGAAAAAACUAUGGCAAAUAUAGUAAUAAAGAAAUAUCUGAACAAACUUACGUGGAGUCAGCAGUUUUGGUUUCGCACACAGUUGAUAAGAGCAUCCUCAUCUCAAGCAAGAUACAACUCUUUAAAUAUACAGAUGUUAACCAAAUCUCUUCACGAGCACAUUUUCAAGCAAGCAUCUCCAAUACAGUUUUGUCCCAAGUCUUUAAAACUGGUGGAGUCGCACCUCAAGAAGCAUGGUCUUUCUAGCAAGACUUCUUCAAGCCCAUUAUCAGAAGUCAAUAUCAAGCUUCCACCCAUAUGUGGUGAUGAUAUAAAUCAACAUUUCAUUAACAUUGCUAAUGAUCAAUUAAAAGACUACAGAUCAUUUAUUGAUGAUAUAGCCUUGUCUAACUUGCCUCCGCCACCAUCAACAUGGCAAUGGUCUAAAGGCUGGACAAAAUAUUAUGCUGAUGGAUCCUACGAAUCUGUGGCUUUUCCUGAUGCUAAGGGUCUUGUCUUUGACAUUGAAUGCUUGAUGUCAGAAGGUGAUUACCCUACCAUGGCAACAGCAGUAUCAAAAUCACAUUGGUAUUCUUGGGUUAGUGACUAUUUACUUGAGGAUAAAUUUAGGUGGUCUAAAAGACCUCAGCUGAAAGAUCUAAUUCCUCUAGAGACUAAUCCAGAUUCAAUGUUACCUCCAGAUGGAAAAUGGUUGCCAGGACUUGUAAUAGGGCAUAAUGUUGGUUUUGAUAGAUCUUUUGUUAAGGAACAGUAUUUCACAGAGGGAACAAAGAUGAGAUUUCUAGACACAAUGUCCUUACAUAUAGCCAUCUGUGGACAGACUAGUUUUCAAAGGCUCCUUCAUAAAACUGGGGGUAAAGAUAGUACAAGGAAAGAAAUUGUUGAACAUGAAACAAGGCAAAAGCAGUUCAAUACAAUGGCAAGCCAAGAAUGGAAGAAAGUAAGUAGUAUGAAUAAUUUAAGAGAUGUUCACCAGUUACAUUGUGGAGGGGAUGCACUCCAGAAAACUAUGAGAGAUGUUUUUGUCUCUGGGACUAUGUCUGAUGUCAGGGAACACUUUCAGGAUUUGAUGAAUUACUGUGCUCUUGAUGUUAAAGCUACAUUUGAAGUGUUUGUCAAACUUUGGCCCGAGUUUUUAGAAAGAUUUCCCCACCCAGUAACUCUGGCUGGAAUGCUAGAAAUGGGCUCAGCAUAUCUGCCAAUUAAUGAUUCCUGGCAAAGAUAUCUUCAGCAAUCUGAUACUACUUUUGAUGAAAUGGAAAAAGAACUUAAGAAACUUCUCAUGGCACAGGCUGAUGAGGCUUGUAGCUUGAUUCACAAUGAUGAGUACAAAAAUGAUCCAUGGCUUUGGGACCUAGACUGGUCAACAUCACCCUAUAGAUUGAACAAAACAUGCACCAAUUCUCAUCAUGUCAAAGAUCCAUUCUUGACCAACGAGGCUGAUAAUUAUCCUGACCUUCUGGAAUAUGCAGAGAAUGGAAAUGCUGUCACUGAAGAAUACAAGAAAGUUAUCAAAUCAGUUUAUGCCACAGCUGCAAGAAUACCUAAGAAUCCAGCAUUUAUGCCUGGCUAUCCAGUAUGGUACAAAGAAUUAUGUCCUCGUACUAAAGAUGCAGAGUUUUAUCCUGGUCCAUCUCUCAUCAGUACUCAGUGUAGAGCUGUACCCAAACUGUUAAGAUUGACAUGGAAAGGUUAUCCAUUACACUAUGAUGAAAAGUUGGGCUGGGGUUAUCUUGUUCCAGAUACAAAGUCAAUGGGUCCAUUGGAAGAAGAACUAAUGGCGCAGGAAAGUGAACACAAAGUACAGCAGGGAUUCCCAUUGAAAGCUUUUUUAAACUUUCUUCAGCAAAAUAAUCCACAGUGUAAUCUUACAAAAGAUUCAGAUCCUCUCAGUGACUUUGAAUGUCUCUCUCAAGGCUUUGAUGAUAGUGCUAUGGAGUUAGAGGAGAAAUUGCCUCAUCUGGAAGCAGCCCUAGGGAGCAAGUAUUCAAAGAAAGCUUCAAAUGGUGAUGCUGGUCAUGACAUUGGUAUUGCUGGUGUACUAUUUUACAAAAUUCCACACAAGAAUGGAGAUAACAGUAAUGUGGGUAACCCUCUAGCUCGGGAUUAUCUUCUAAGAGCAGAGGAUGGAACAUUAAGUGCCAGUGCAGACACACAGGCAGACAGAGUCCUCAAGUUGGGGAAAAUGUGUUCUUAUUGGAAAAACAACAAAAAACGCAUCACAGGUCAAAUGUUUGUUUGGUUGAAUGACUCUGAGCUGAGUUCUCAUAUUACCUGUGAUCCAAGCUAUAAUGUGGAUGGGUUCUAUGGAGCUAUUGUACCACGUAUUGUCACUGCAGGUACAAUUACUAGAAGAGCUGUGGAACCAACAUGGCUGACUGUCAGUAAUUCCUAUGUAGAUAGAAUAGGUAGUGAGCUGAAAGGAAUGAUUCAGUCCCCUCCUGGCUAUGUUUUUGUUGGUGCUGAUGUUGAUUCUCAAGAACUUUGGAUUGCUGCUGUGCUUGGGGAUGCUUACUUCAUGAAGGAACAUGGCUGCACAGCUCUGGGUUGGAUGACUCUUCAAGGUAACAAGACAGACAAAACAGAUCUACACAGUAAGACUGCCCAGAUAGUCAACAUCAGUAGAGACCAUGCAAAGGUCAUGAACUAUGCCAGAAUUUAUGGUGCAGGCCAGACAUUUGCUGAAAAACUUCUCCAACAGUUCAAUCCUCAACUAUCUCAACAGGAGGCUAAGAGGAAAGCAUCAGAGAUGUAUAAACAAACCAAAGGACGUAGAAAUGCUCAAAGGCAAUGGAUUGGGGGCAGUGAAAGUUACAUGUUCAAUGCUCUAGAGACAGUAGCCUACUCUGAGAAACCCAGAACACCAGUACUAGGCUGUUGUAUUAGUAAAGCCUUGGAGCCAUCUUAUGUCAUGGAAGAUUUCUUAACAUCACGAGUGAAUUGGGUAGUUCAAAGUUCAGCUGUUGAUUACCUACAUCUGAUGCUGGUCUGUAUGCGCUGGCUCUUCACUACAUACAACAUCAAAGGCAGAUUCUGCAUUAGCAUUCAUGAUGAGGUGCGAUAUCUAGUCAAAACACCCGACAGAUACAAUGCUGCUCUAGCUCUUCAGAUAACAAAUUUGCUAACUCGGUGUAUGUUUGCCUUCAAAUUGGGCAUGAAUGAUCUCCCUCAGUCUGUGGCGUUUUUUAGUGCUGUUGAUAUUGACCAAUGUCUUAGGAAAGAAGUGACAAUGGAUUGUGUGACACCUUCAAAUCCACAUGGACUCCACCAUACAUAUAACAUACCACGAGGGGAAGCCUUGGAUAUAUUUCAAAUAUUGGAUAAAACUGAAGGUUUACUGCAACCCACAAGUUGAUCCUAGUGAAAGCUUGCUUCAAUCCAAAAGAUUUUAAUGAAGGCUCGCUACAUCCUACAAGUUCAACAAAUUCUAAGGAAGACUUGUUACAAAUAAAAAAAUUGACAAGAUUCUAACAAGAGACACUUCAACUCAUUUGUUUCACAAUUUUAUUCAUGAAAAAAAAUUCUUUACACACAAAACAGAAAAUGUGUUUAAAUUUUUUUUCAAUUCUAUUUUACAAAUCCCAAAACCCAUUAAUUUUUAUCACAGGCCUAAUCAUAUUUUUACUAUAGAACCAGUACAUAACAAUUUUACACUGUUAGUUGCAAUACUGAUGGCUGGAUCAAUUUAGGUCUAAAUAGAAAAGCAUGAAACACAUUAUGCAAUAAUAAAACAAAAUUAUCAACUUUUAAUAUGAUACAACAAAAUAUUUGAACUACAAAACUACUGCCACCAACAGCAAAGUAAUGUUAUUUUUUAAAAAGCUUUAUUUGCCACUAAUUACUACAUUGUAUGUCUAUAAGUUUCAAAUGGUCUCAGUAUAUUUCUCAAGUUUCCAUUCUUUCCUUACUUUUUCUCUUAGAAGUACAUAGAUCUAUAGCAAUUGAAGAGUUAUCCUGAACAAAAACAAUCCGCACCCUUAGACAAUUUAAUUUCCAUUGUAGAUUGUUAGGUUGAAAUAUGGAAGAUUAUCAAGACAACUUGUAGACAUCCUUGGCAGGGGCAGACUGGCUAUAUGAGCAUUCAGGCCAUUCAAAGGAACGUAUGGAUGCCACUAUGACACCUUUGUUAAUGGUUUUAUAAAAAUAGGCUACAUCCUUUUAGGUCCUACACAAAUAAGGCGGCUUAUAUUUUUUGUAAAAGUAUAGAGUUCACUCCAUACAUGUGUACAGUUAUACAGUAACAAACUUAUAAUGAUUUCGAGGACAGGUAUACCUAUAAUUAGAUGCCCAUUAUAUGAUAUACAAUUUAUGGGCCAGAUUGUAUAGAAAUGCCCAAACAGAUUUUGACACCCAGUGCGCCCCUGAUCCUUGGCCCCCAAUAUUGGAUACAAGCACAAAUUCUGCUGUUUUAAAACAAAAAGAUAUUUAGAAUGUAGAUUUGAUAUUAUUAUAAUUUAAAAUAAACAGCCAUAAAUUAGAACCAACAAACUA